UUGUCUGGGCUGGUGGCCUUUUUUCUUUUUUGGAGGGGGCGCCACAAUUUCAAAAAUUAAAUGCGCGUCGCUUAGUCGCAAUUCAACCUGUACGGCUAAAGGGCUGGAGCUGGAGCGUGUUUAUUAUUUGUAUUAGAAGCAGAAGCUCUGAAGGAAAUUGAACGCACUAUCGAUUGAUUUUGGUUUUGUGAACAUGGCCAGUCGCGAGGGUUGUCUGAAGGUCCUGCUCAUUGUUUUAAAUGUGUUAUUAACGCUAGUUGGCAUCGCCUUCAUUGCGUUCUCCGUUUAUGAGCUGAACAACGUUUCGGCGGGCACUUUUCAGCAUGUCGCAAUUGUGGUGCAAAUCUUUGUGGGCACGUUUGUGGUGCUGAGCUCGUUUCUGGGUUGCUUUGCUGGCGCACGGCUCUCAUUGAGCCUAAUUUGGAGCUUCGUCAGCUGCAUGCUGAUAUUGAUUGGCUUGCAAGUCUAUAUAAUUGUCGCAGCUCACGUCACGGACUACGUGGAACGAUCUCGCACAGAUUUCAUGGCUCUAUGGGCGGAUCAGCGUCGCAGCAAGGAGCGCAUUGCCUUUAUCGAGCAGAAGUACACAUGCUGCGGCCAGAGUGGCCCACAGGACUACAUCCUGCAAGGUGUUGGCUUUCCACUCAGCUGCUAUGACGACAAGGAAAGACUGCAGAGUAAACUCCAUGGCAACGGCUGCUUGGAGGCUGUGCAAUCGCAUGCCACUGAUAACCUCAUCUACGGGCUGAUCAGCAAAUGGCUGCUGUUCGCGCUAGAGCUUGGCGCUUUGGGCGCAGCCACCCACUUGGGCAUCACCGUGCGCAAUAAACAGCGACGCGAGCGUUUUUGAAAAGGUUUCCCAAUUGGCCAUUAGCUCAUAAUGCAAUUGAAAACUUAAACGUAGCAUCCUUAAGUGUUGGCAUUUUACAAUAUACAAAUAUCGUGCGAAACGAAAUGAAACGAAACUCAAUUGAUACGAUCCAAUUAA